AUGAAGUUGUUCCUACUUUUAUUAAUAAUCAUUUUAGCUACCUAAGCCAGAAAAAUCAUUAAAAAACAUGUCAAAAGUGAAAAACACACUAAAUAAUCUGAUUUUGAUACAAAUUAAUUAAAUAGCGAUGAUUUCAUUGAUAAAUUUAGUGAAUCUGACAUCUAAAUUCCAGAACAUUUAUCUAUGGAUGAUGACAUUAUAGAUAUCAUCAAUUAACAGUCUAUUGAAUACGAAGUUUAAAGUCUAAAUCAAAAUGAUAAUUAACAACAAUAAGAACAUAUUUCAUAAUCUUAAUAAUCUAUAUCUGAAUAAUCAGAUUAGGUAGAUUUAGAAUAAAUUGAGUUUGAUUAAUUACUUCAAUAAUUAGCAAAUGAAAAUCAAGACUUUGAAAUCCCUACUAUUCAAGAUCACACUACUUUACAUUAAGAAUAACUUAAUACAAAAUCUGAAGAAUCUAUUGAAAAUCAAUAAGAUCCACAAUCAAAUUAUUAAACUAAUGAAAUUAUUUAUCCCAUUCCUAUAAUUAAUGAUUAAUAGACUCAAUAAUAAUUCGAUUAAUUUUAAUAAUCUGAUACUAAUGAUAUCAAUAAAGAUCAAUAAGAAGACAUAUAAAUUCCAAUUCAAGUAGAUGAAAUAAAUGUAAAUAAUUAACCAGAUCCUGAAUUAAUUGAAGAAGUAAUCAAUAAUCAGAAAGAAACUGAAAUUAUAGAUGAAAACAAUAAUUAAUUAGAAACUGAAAUAAAAAUUACAGAAUCAUCAGAGUAAAUUAAUGAUAAUCAAGACAUAUUAAUAUCUUAAACUGAAUCGAAUUUUGAAAAUAAAAUAGAAGAAGAGAUAAUUAAUCCAUAAUAAGAAGAUAAUAAAAACGAAUCCUCAAAUGCAGAAGAAUUAGAUUAGACUGCUGAAUAAUAAUUAAACAAUCAAUAAGAAAAUUAAAUUAUUGAGGAAAUUAUCAUUGAUUAACAAUUUAAUUAAGAUAUCAAUCAAUAAUAAUCUGAACAAUUAAUUAUUGAAUAAAAUGAUGAAUCAAAUUAAAUUCUAGAAAAUAUUCCUGAUACCUAAGAUGAGACACCAAAUAAUAUUCCAGAUAUUGAAGAAAAUAUAUAAUAAUCUUAAAUCUUAGAUGAAAAUGUCUAAUAAAUAGAAAUUUAAGAUAAUGUAGAACCAAUUAUAGAAAAUAAUAUUGAUAAUUAAUAAAUUAAUUAGGAGUAUGAUAAUUAAUAAUAAGAAUAAGAAUAUAAUAAUUAAUAAUAGGAAUAAGAAUAUAAUAAUUAAUAAUAAGAAUAAGAAUAUAAUAAUUAAUAAUAAGAAUAGGAAUAUAAUAAUUAAUAAUAGGAAUAAGAAUAUAAUAAUUAAUAAUAAGAAUAAGAAUAACAUAAUUAAUAAUAGGAAUAAGAAUAACAUAAUUAAUAGUAAGAAUAAGAAUAUAAUAAUUAAUAGUAAGAAUAAGAGUAAAUUCCAAAAGAUUAAGUAUAUAUUAAUAAUUAAGAUAAUAUUUAAAAUGAAAAUGCAUAAUUCAUUUCAGAGUAGAUUAAGCUUAAUCAGAAUUAAAAUGAAAUUGAAUAAAAUUUAGAAUAAGAAUAAUAGAUUGAUAUGUAAAUUCUCAAUAAUUAAUAAAAUGAAGAUUUAACAAAUACAGAAAAUUAAGAAAAUAAUGAGAAUAUUUUAAUUGAUCCUCAUUAAAGAGAGUAUGAUAUAAAUUAUGGACAUUUGAAUCAUGAACACGAUCAUGAUCAUAAUCAUGAUCAUAAUCAUAAUCAUUAUGAUCAUCAUCAUCAUCAUAAUCAUAAUCAUCAUGAUCAUUAAAAUGAUAUUCAUGAAUCUCAUGAUCACAAUUAAGUUAAAGAAGAUAGUAAUUAAUAAGGAUAAUAAAAUUCUGAUUAGGAUUCUUCUAAUUCAAUACCAUAAUAGUAAUAACUUUCAUGUUCUUUUGAUGAUAAAUCUUCAUGUUCAGGAUAUACUGAGACAUAAAUUAAUUCAGGAGUAGAAACUAUAAAUUAGACCCAAAAUAAAGAGGAAUUUAUGGAAUACGUUUUAGUAUAAUUUGCUUUAUCAUAAUAUUAUAUAAAUUCUCCAUUAUUAUUUUGGGGAAUCUCAGCAAAUGUUUUUCUACUUUCUUUAAUAGUGUUAAAAAAUAUUUUAACUAAAAAAUAGAUUCCAUUUUAAGUAUUAUUAAAAUAUUAAAAUUUAGACUUAGAUUAGUAAUGAAUAAUAUAAUGAAGAAAAUGCUGACAAUUCAUAAUUUUAAUUAUAAAUGAGCCAAUUAGACAAUUCAUUAUUAGAAAUAAAGACAAAAUUAGAUACUCUAACAAACUCUUAUCAAAAAAUGUAGAUUAAUCAUCAAUCAAUAAACUAAAGUAAUUUAUGAUUAAAAUUUAAAUAGUUAUAAAUGAUUUUUAGACAAAAGUAUUAGCUAAUUUGGAAAAAAGAAAAUUAAAAGAAUCUUGUAAAUCUCUUAAUGAAAGCAAUGAAGAUGAUGCAGGAAUAAGAUAAAAAAGAACAUAAACUCAAGUUAAACCUCGAUAACGUCCAACGACACCAAUUUCAAGAUAAUAUUGA